UUGAUAAAACUUUAUAAAAGACGACGACACUCGAUACUCGACGACGACAUUACAAAGACGACUUACUGGAAGUCACAGGAUCGCAAGUAUUGUGAGUUUUGCAAGUGUUGGCUCGCUGAUAACAAAGUGUCUAUAUCAUUUCACGAAAAUGGCAAACGGCACAAAGAAAGCCUCAAGAAACAUUUAUCGGAUCUCAGCAAGAGGAGUGCAAAAGAAUUCAAACAGAAUCAAAAAAUGGAGGAUGAUAUCAAAGAAAUGGAAAAAGCAGCCAUGAAGGCUUAUGCCAAGGAUAUUCAAAACAAUGCUGACCUGACAUCACAAAACAUAAAUGAAAUAAUAGAACUUAGUGGUAAUAGUAAAACAAUUGCACCGGCACCAACUGUUGAAGAGAAAAGUGAAUGGAAGGAAAUGAAAAACGACAAGGGAAGAACAUACUACUGGAACAGUAGAACUGAUGUAUCCACAUAUGAUCCACCACCUAACUUCAUUUCAAAAGCGAAACAAGAAAACAAGAAGCCUAAACCUAAAAAGAUUAAAGAUAAGCAUAAAAAGCAGAAAAUAGAUGGCGCUAUCAAUAAUAUGGAGGCAGUGAAGUUGGAAGAAUUUGGUCCUAUACCCUGCGGUAAACCGUAUGGCUCAUGGAAACCAGUUGUCAAAGAGGUAGUAAAGGAGAUCAAUUUGCAACUACCUAAAGUGGAACAAAAACCACUUCCACCAGUUUUGUUAGAACCAGAACACACACCAAUAGAAUUCAAAGAGAGUAAAGUCGAUUACUCUUUAGAGGGUCCAUCAGAGUUCAAGAAACGUAAGCUCAAUAACCCUAAAAGGAACAUGCGACAGAGACUGGAUGAUGAAUAA